CCACAAACCAACCUAACCAGUUCGUAUCUCCACUAUUAUGAUACUCGGCACUAUAAAUUGCCCGCGGCUGCCUCCCAUCUUCCACGGUACCGCAGCUGCUCUCUCCUUCCAAAACUUCCCAUCGAACGAUCCGCUAUGGCUCUCCGCGCCAUCGCCGGUAAGAAAACCCUAACACUAGGGCUAGGGUUUGGGCCCAGCGGCGCCGCCGCCGCCGCCUCCUUCCCAGGGCUGGGUUCGGGGCUCCACGCCCGGGGCCUCGUGACCUUCUCGCUGCCGGACCUCCCCUACGACUACGGUGCCCUCGAACCCGCCAUCAGCGGCGAGAUCAUGCAGCUUCACCACCAGAAGCACCACCAGACGUACAUCACCAACUACAACAAGGCCCUCGAGCAGCUCGAGGAGGCCAUGACCAAGGGAGACUCCUCCAAAGUCGUCCACCUCCAGAGCGCCAUUAAGUUCAAUGGCGGAGGUCAUAUCAACCACUCAAUCUUCUGGCAAAAUCUCAAGCCUGCCAAUGAAGGUGGAGGUGAGCCUCCACAUGGCUCACUUGGGUGGGCCAUCGAUACGGACUUCGGUUCAUUAGAGGCUUUGGUGAAAACGAUGAAUGCAGAAGGCACAGCUUUGCAGGGAUCUGGAUGGGUGUGGCUUGCUCUGGAUAGGGAGGUGAAAAAACUUAAGGUUGAAACAACUGCAAAUCAGGAUCCACUAGUGACUAAGGGAGCAAAUUUGGUUCCUCUACUUGGUAUAGAUGUGUGGGAACAUGCAUACUACCUGCAGUACAAAAAUGUGAGACCAGACUAUUUGAAGAACAUAUGGAAGGUCAUGAACUGGAAAUAUGCCAGUGGAGUCUACGAGAAAGAGGUUGCUUAAUGUGAGCUUUCGUGUGAAGUUCCCACCUUUCGUGUUUACCAUGAGCACACUUUUGUAUUAAAUAAGAUGGGCCUCUCCUGGAAUAGAUGCUUGUUUAAUUUUUAUACCACCUGAAAGAAACAGCAUCGGCUGCUAACGCCAUUGGCCUCGCACACGAUCGACUGUUUGUAGCUCCUAAAAGAGCUGUUCGCAUGUCAAGCUAGCAGCUGAUAUGUCAUGUUAAUA